AUGAAGCUCAUUCUCCUUUCCGCGCUCGGCGCAGCUAUCAGCCCAGUAUUCGCCAGCGUUGUCGCUCGCCAGAGCGCAUCAAAGGGAAACCUGACCCCAGUCACCGUUAAAGGCAAUGCCUUCUUCGCCGGCAACAACCGUUUCUACGUUCGUGGUGUUGCCUACCAGCCAGGUGGUGCGGCUGAUGCUAAGGACCCUCUCCUCGAUAUUGAAAGCCUCAAGCGCGAUGUCGCCAACUUCAAGGACCUUGGAAUCAACACCAUCCGUAUCUACACCGUCGACAACUCCAAGAACCACGAUGAGGGUAUGAAGAUCCUCGACGAUGCCGGCAUCUACCUGGCUCUCGAUGCCAACACCCCCGAGUACUCCCUCAACCGUGAGACUAACGCCACUCUCCACCGCUCGUACAACGAUGUCUACCUUCAGUCCGUCUUUGCUACAAUCGAGGCGUUCCAUAACUACAACAACCUUCUCCUCUUGUUCUCCGGUAACGAGGUUAUUAACGAACGCAACAACACCGGAGCUGCCACCUACAUCAAGGCUGUCACCCGUGACAUGAAGCGCUUCAUUGGCAACACAUCUCCCCGUACCAUCCCCGUCGGGUACUCCGCUGCCGAUGUUUCCGAGAAUAUUGAGGAGCAGGCUCUGUUCUUCAACUGCGGCACCGACGACGAGCGCUCUGACUUCUUCGCUUUCAACGACUACUCUUGGUGCGAUCCCUCUAGCUUCACCCAGUCUGGCUGGGACAAGAAGGUCGAGCUCUACAGCAACUACAGCAAGCCCAUCUUCCUCUCCGAGUACGGUUGCAUCACCAACCGCCGUGACUGGGGUGAGGUCGCUGCUAUCUACUCCACCAACAUGACCGGUGUCUACUCUGGUGGUCUCGCUUACGAGUACACCGUCGAGCCCAACGGUUACGGUCUUGUCGAGAUCAACUCCAACGGUGACAUCGAGCCCAACGCGGACUUUGAGCGCCUGAAGAAAGCUUUUGCUGCCACAGACAACCCCACUGGCGCCGGCGGUUACCGCGAGAACGGCAAGGCCUCUGAGUGUCCUUCUGAGUCUGAGGACUGGGAGGUUAGCAGCAGUGUUCUGCCCGCUAUGCCCAAGAAUGCCGAGAAGUACAUGUCCGGUGAUGUCGGCCCAGGUCCCGGUCUUGACGGCGCUGGCUCCCACUUCUCUGGUCAGGCCUCCGAGUCCACCGCCACUGCCGGUUCCGGACAGCCCACUCGCUCUGCUAGCCCCAGCAGCAGCGGCAGCAGCGACUCCACCGGCGCUGCUCCUGGUAUGGAAGUUCCUAUCAAGAUGAUGGGUGUCGUUGGUGCUGGUGUCGUCUUUGGCGCUGCUCUGCUUUUCUAG